ACUGUCCCCUAUGUUUGCUUCAAAGGCUUUAUUCCUUCAUCUAUCUCGGAUUCCUUUCGAGCUCCAGUUUUGAGAACAAGAACAAGCUUUAGCUGAAUCGCGCAGUUGCAGAAGUCUUCGAUUUUCCACCUCUUUGCUCGAGGUAAGAGCUCGUGGUCUGAUAUUCUCGAAAUUUUGGUUCAUCUUUGAAAUUAGGGCUUUUGGAGAACAACGAAUCUUCGUAUUGUAUGACGUUUCGAUCUUCCGUUCGAAUUGGUGUUACGGAGCUAUGUUUGUUCGAUAAUAUCCUGGAGUCGAGAAGGGGAUCUGGAGGAAUAUUUAUUUCCGUCUGUCGGGGUAGAAGCUCGAGGCUCUUGCUGAAGAUUAUUGAUCCAUUUAUGAGAAUUAGGGAAUAAGGUUUUUUGUGUGGUCGAUUGAUAAGAAAUAUGUUAUUUAAGAACGGAGGAAGCCUUUUUUGUGUUCACAAUCGCAGUUUGGUCAUCUGAAAAUGUGGAUUUUGGUAUAAUUUGAAAAGUGGUUGGAUUUCUGAGGGGACUAGCUCCGAGAUUUUUUGUUGUUGAUUGAUCUCAAAUGGACAACGGAGAAGAAAAAUAUCCUUUGUCCGAGCGUUACAGUGGGAACCAUCGGGAAAGUUAUGGUUCUCUACCACGUUCAAAGAUUCCUCACCGGGAUGCUUCUUAUUCAAGGCCAGUCGCCAAUCAGUAUGUAGAUGAUGACGUUGAGGAUGACGAUGAAGAGGAGGAAGGACUGGGUGAUGAAGAGGAUGAAAAUGAUCAGAACAAUGGUUUUGCUCACACAAGUGAAGAAGUAGACGAUGGCGAUGAUGAGGAUGAUUUUGAUAUGGAUGAAGACAACAAGCAGAACAAUACUGUCAAAUUGGAUGAUGUUGAUUUGGAAAGACACCCGAAGAAGCGGCGGCUGAAGAAUUUGGUAUCAAAUUAUGAACUUGCUCCUCGUAUGCCAGCAUCAUCAUCUGCGACUAUGGCACAAAAAUCAUUUGUUGGGGGCAGAAAUUCAUUGACAGAUUGGAAUGAACACGAAACAGUUGUUCUUCUAGAUGCCUGGGGUGAACGGUUUCUUCAGCAUGGGAGGAAAAGUCUCCGAUCUGAGGAAUGGCAAGAGGUUGCUGAGAAGGUGUCUGAGGUUUCUAAGAUUGACAGGACUGACACACAAUGUCGAAACCGCCUUGAUACAUUGAAGAAGAAGUAUAAAAAGGAAAAAUCCAAGUCAACCGAAAUGGGUGGAUCUACGAGCAAAUGGGUUUACUUCAAGAAAAUGGACAUGUUAAUGUCUUCACCCCCUAACCAAGGUGGCCUCUCAUGCGGGUUAGAUUCGGGAGAGUAUGUGUUCAUGAACCCUAGAGCUUAUCUGAACCGUGCAAAUGGGUUCGAUGAGAUGAGAGACAGCCCUGAUAAUUCAGAAUCGGAUGAUUGUGAAGACGAUGAACUGGAUGGGCUUCCCCCUAAGAAAAGAAUGCACGGGAGGAACAGCGAUGAUGGCUCUUCAUUCAGAAUGCUAGCUGACUCCAUUCACAAGUUCAGUGAGAUUUAUGAGAAAAUAGAGAGCAGCAAAAGACAUCAAAUGAUGGAGUUGGAGAAGAUGAGGAUGGAUUUCUUAAGAGAUUUGGAGCUACAGAAAAGGCAGAUUAUGGAGAGCGCUCAGGCAGAGAUCGCGAAACUUGGGCAGGGCGACGACGAGGAAUAUGGUGCCUCUGCCAAAAGUGCCAGUGGUUAAUGUAAUCUUAAUCCAAAACUUGGGCAGGGCGGCGACACGAGGUCGAGGAAUAUGUUAUUCAGCUGUCUGUAUAAAUACAUGGGAGGCCUCUCCCCUAUUAUUCAUAUUAGAUGGAACCGUUCUUACUUUUGACAACAAUAAUAGAAUUACAGGAUUAUUAUUCACUUC